AUGGAACAGUCCAAUAUGUACCUUCAAACACUUUUCGGCCUGCGUGGAAAGACCGCACUGGUAACUGGGGGUACACGAGGUAUCGGAGCGGCGUUGGCGGUUGGACUUGCUUCGGCCGGUGCCGAUAUCAUCCUCUUGCAACGCGAUGUUGAUAAGGGAAGGGCUGUGUGCGAUGAAAUCGCGGCCCUUGGUCGGAAAUGCACAGUCUACCGCUGUGACCUUGGCAAGCGCGAGGACGUGCUCAGCAUUAUUCCUCUGGUGACCAGAGACAACCCCGAGGUAGACAUUCUGGUGAACUGUGCAGCUAUCUCAUGCCGCUCGAGCAGCCACGAGAUGCCCGAUGAUAAAUGGGACGAUAUCCUCCAAGUGAAUGUAACGACCAUUUUCCAGCUAUGUCGUGCCAUGGCUCGGCACUGGCUCCAGGCCAAUGCUCAGGGCGCUCAUUCGGACAAGAAGAAGAUCAUUAAUCUUGCAUCCAUUCUCACGUUCUCCGGAGGUGUCAAUGUUGCCGCGUACACUACCUCGAAGGGCGCUGUCGGCCAGCUCACCAAAGCGUUGAAUAACGAAUGGAUGGGCAGCGGUAUUUGCGUCAAUGCCAUCGCCCCAGGGUACAUCCAGACGGACAUGACGCAAGGAUAUACGAGUGAACGAAUACGCAUGCUGCUAGAACGGACCCCAGCAGGCCGAUGGGGUUUGCCGGCCGACAUUGUCGGUGGCGUCAUUUACCUAGCAAGCAAGGCAAGUGACUUUGUCGGUGGAGAGAUUCACCUCGUAGAUGGUGGCUUCACAGCGCGGUGA